CCUCUCAAAGAACACUUCAAGAUCACCGGCGACAUUCGGGGCGCACAGAGAACGAGGUGCUGUGUCAGACUCGAUUGCUAGCUUCGCUGCCACGGCAGGCCAGACUGGCCGGCAACAGCCACGAUCCGUACCUGACCUCACCUCGCGAAGCAAACAACGUAACGGCAAGAUGGCGUUGAACCCGCAUCAGAAGAACAAGGUCGACAUAAGCAAACUCAGCGAUGAAGAAGCCAAGCUCUUCCGCUUGUACGGCAAGCUUCCUAAUAAGAAGGACCUGUUGCAGAACAAGCUCAAAGAGCGGAAGUACUUUGACAGCGGCGACUAUGCCAUGAGCAAAGCCGGCAAGGCCGAUGCUGGUCUGGUGGGUGGUUUGGGUCGCGAGCAUCCUUCACCAGAAACCAUCCCACACCUCGCCUCUCAGCAAUCGCAGAACUCCAAUUCGGGUGCUUCAGCCAACAAUGGACCCACAUUGCAUCCUACCCAAAGCCAGGGUCAAUCUGGAAGCCCGGUAAAGGAGCCUUCGGUACUGCAGAGAGGAAUGAGUGUUGAUGAGCAGGACAACGCGGAAGACAUUGCGGCGCAAGUAGGGAAGGCUGUCGAGGACAAGACGCUGCCCAUGCGACAAUGAGUGCGCGCAUCUCACCCCUAUAACCUACUGACCUCAAGAGUGGGUGCAAAGGCCAUUGUACGCUUUCUGUAACGGCUGAAGGACGUCACCAUAAAGG